AUGGAUUCGUCUUUCUUCAAAAAAAUUCUUAAUACAGAAUCCAUAUCGACAACUUCCGCAGUGGGUAAUUCAAUCAAUAAUCUUAAUCAUACUGUUCUAAUAAUUACUGAUAAUAAAGUGUCAUCGUUAAGAACAAUUAAUUCUACCCGUCAUCACGAAGAGCUUCGAAUAUCCAAAAAACAAAAAAGAGAUAACGACUCUGACGACGAAUAUUCUCGCAGCUAUACACACCACAAGAAAUCAACUAGCUCCAAGCAGUGCUCUUCCGCUUCUAAAAAACAAAAUUCUGAUUCAGAAUAUUUUUCCUCUUCUAAAAAACAUAAAAGACAAGAAGACAAGUUUACACAUUAA